AUGCAACAGUCCAGCACUAAAACCAAACAUGCCUAUCGAAAAGUCGAUGAUUUCGAAAGACAAACCAUACUUAGUUUGGUUCAAGCACUCGGGAACUCCGCCUCGGCCAUUGCAAAUUAUAUUCGUGCCUCUGGUAAUGAUUACGGUGAACUUGGUCGGUAUUAUCAGACAAUUACUUAUAAUUCAGCACGAAAGCGAAUCUAUGAUAUUUUAAGCAAUGCUGCAAAAAGAGCACAAGAUCCCCUAUGUUUUCAACCUACAUCUACUGAUGCAUUUGAUUAUGUCACAUCAAGUGACGGUAUUGAAAAUACAGAUACUGAGCGAGACACAUUCGUGAAAAGAGUGGUUGAUAAUUAUCAUGCUCAACAACGUAAACAAAAUCCUUCUCAACAACCUCUGUCAUCUAUUACAUUAACAGCAGCUGUUGAUCACUCAGAAAAUAGUAGACAGAAAUCAUCGACUGAACAUCCACCUCCACUAACAAACAUCGACUCAAUCACCCUAUUACGUCAAGAAAAUUCAACAACAAAUCCUGAUCCCAGUACAAUUUUUUCAACAGAAACUUCUGUUGAUGAUAUACAACUGAAUUAUGAAGAAAUAUCCGCUGUUGAUAUUCCACUAAGUGAACCAGUCAGUGAGAGUGCACCCACUGCAUUACUUACACCAGAUCCUGUUGUUUCACAACCAACUCUCUUAACAAAUUUUCCACUGUCUUUCGCCACGUCUCUACCACAAAUACCCAAUGAUAUUUUACAAAAAUUGCCCGA